AUGGUUGUAGUACCACGGAGUCAUGCCAUUGAAGUCUUCAAGAUCGAUGGUAGCCUUGAUGCUGACGACUGA